UUCACCUUCGACGUCUUUCCUGUUCACUUAUCCCAGGAGGCAGGAGCGCACUGUUUGUUUUCGUCAUUUGUUGGCAACAGUGGAAAGUAACAUUUGCAACUUCGGGGUAUUUGAUUGAGUUAUUUUCUUAGCCUCGCUGUUGGUACAGUUGUAGGCAUAACAAUGAUGUUUCGGCAUUUUUACGCGAAAUCGUAGAAAUCACUACAUAAACACUACAAGUCUCUUCAACUUUUUCCCCGCAUCAGCCUCGCAUUCAUGCUCAGGGCCUACUCGUUCCAGGACCGUCGGGGAAUGCGAAUGUUGUCUAUUCCUCUAUUCGCUCCGACGAAGGGCUAACCCUCGAAACGUCAGCUUUUGUGAUCGUUGCGGUGGCCAUUUUACCAUUUCAACUUUGUUGAUAUAUCCAAAUUACUUCUAAAACAGUUAAAAUACUAUACUUGAAGUUUAAAUUCGUAGCUCUCCGGUGAAAUAUCAAGAAAAACCUCUGGGACCUUCAUGACCAACAAUGUUCGAAGACUCCGCGUUCCUUGUUGCUUCCUCUAUGAGUUAUAUUUGCCUGUUUUUUGUCCUCACCUUCUUCAAGUACGAAGUGAUUUUCAGGACAGGAGUUAUUUUAGUGGCAGCCACUGGCUUUUUUUUCCCAAUACUCUAUGGACUUCCCUACAUUAUUAUUCUAUGGAGAAUACUUGUGGGAUUGAAUGUCGCCACUGAUCAGGAGCUUUACAUAGCAAGGUGCAUUGAACAAAUAGACCUGGACAAGGCAGAUUUUUCUAGUUCCACCACUCUCAACCAUUGGGCAGUUGUGAUACAGGAGAGUGGUGGAUACUUCUACACACACGCUGUUGGAAAUGUUAUAUCUGGUAAAGGAAAAAAGAUUCCGUUUAAAGAAAUGGAAGAGGAUACACUAGCCAAAUACCGUCUCGACCAUGUCGGCUUUGUCACUCGAACUCAGAGAGAAACGAAAAUCAGAGAGCUUGUGGAUGCCGAGCCGAUGGUGUCUGGUAACAGUUGUCAGGAGUAUGCAGUAGAUAUUGCCUUUCAACUCUCCAGUUCUCGCACAUACACAUUUGUUAAGAUCAUGGCAUUACCUCGAAUGCGAAACACCAUCUUGUUCAUUGCAGUGGCACUAUCAACUGCGUUUGCAGUGUUUGGCCACCCUUACGCUCGUGUGUUAAACCCGCUGUUCUUAACCAAUCUGUUUGCUGCUUGGGAGCUGUCUCGUAUUGGCAUCCAUAACCAAGCACAGAAAGUUCAUCUCCAGUAUAUAUCCUCAGUUUUUCGGGCAUACAUUAUAUAUCCAAGAAGGGGAGACUUCUUUCUCCUCUUGUUCAUUUGUGGGUGCUUUGCCUUCCUUUAUCAACAACUGGACAGUAGAGAGCUCAUUGUAAUAUCCAGUUUAGUGUUUGUGCUUGUCCUGGUGCUAUUGAAACGAACACAUGGUCGUGAUAUGGCGCGUUUUCUAGGUCAAAAUUGAAACUAAAAAUUUGCCCAUGUUUUGAGUUGCAAAUCAAAAUGUUCACCAUUUCCUGACUUUAAAAUAUAAAUAUAUGACAUUCUUUGACUUAUGAAACCAAAGAUUUGCCUAUGUUCUGACUUGCAAAGUUACAUGUUCACCAUUUCCUGACUUUAAAAUAUAUGACAUUCCUUGACUUACGAAACCAAAGAUUUGCCCAUGUUCUGACUUGCAAAAUUACAUGUUCACCAUUUCCUAACUUUAAAAUAUACAUAAGCAAAUGUGCGACAUUAUUCAUGAAGUUCCGUUCUGAGAUAACACUUCGCAUGUUCUGAUUUACAAUUUCUCGACGUUUUCUGACUUCUCACUUCUACCAGGCUUUCCUUGUAGCUUUAAUUAAAGUUGCCUUUAAGAGGACCUGGGUUCAACAAAAUGGCGUCCUUCCAGACUGAACAACAACAAUUUUUUAACAAUCUUUGCUGUACUUUAAUUGACCUUGCGAGAAGACUUCAACAAGAUACAGUCAGUGAAGACAUGCGUGAUUAUGUGCUGUUUCGUUUGCAGCAAAUAUCACAUCAUUUGGCAGGUCUUGCUGACAAUAUGCAACUGCUUGAUAUGGUUUGCACAUCACUUUCAGAUGUUAUGAGACUUUUAUCCCAUUGCCAAAGCCCUUUGUGUGAGUGAAAGUACGAUAAAAAGGUGACUGCGUGAUUAUAAUAUCUCAAUUAUUGAUAAAAGAACAACCAUAUCAGAUGAUGAUCUUGAUAGCAUUGUUAGGGCUGUUCAAUUGGAUUUUCCAAAUGUGGGAUAUCAUAGGGUUAAAUCACAGCUUGUAUUGCGGAACAUUAAUGUGUCGCAGUUGCGAAUUUGUGAAUGCAUGCAAAGGACGGAUCUGGAAGGAGUAGCUAUGAGGUGGCUAUCUCUAACUCCAAGAGCUGUGUACAGUGUCAGUGGGCCACUGGCUCUGUGGCAUAUAGGUGGCAACCAUGAAUUGAUCAGAGCUGGAACAAACAAUACUGCAGAUACUGUUCUUAGACUUUUCCUUGAUGCAGUAGCAGAGUAUGGACUCCCCUCAAGAGUUAGAUCAGACCAGGGAGGUGAGAGUGUUGGAGUAUCUAUGUUUAUGCUCCAACAUCCACAGCGAGGCUCUGGAAGAGGCAGUAUAAGUACAGGCAAAAGCGCCCAUAACCAAAGGAUAGAAUGACUGUGGAGGGAUGUGUUUGAAGGAGGAGAUCAAUGCAUAUGGCAUUGACUGGGAUGGACCACUACCUGAGAAUGAAGAAUGUAGUGUUGUUACAGUGCCAGAAACACCCAGCCCAUUAAAGUGCAGACAAGCAUGCUGAAAUAUGUACUUUUAUAGAUCCUCUUAGACAAAGCAAUAGUUAUGGUAUUGAUAUUUUUACUGCAGUAAUUUCAUUCCUUUCAAUACAUGCAACACAAAUGUUAAAUAUCUGAUGUAAAAAAUCAACAAAACUAGCUUUUUGGGCAAAUUCCUAUUUCAGUAGACGACGACACAUCAAAACAUUGCAUUUUUUCAAUGUUGAAGAUCAUGUUUGCUGAAGGGUGACAAAAGACAAUGAGAAGAGACAAAAUAGACAACAAAACAUACAUAAUUCCAAACAAUCAUUCAGUCAACUGAUAGAAAAAUUAGAAAGUAUCUAUAUAUAUAUAUAUAUAUAUAUAUAUAUAUAUAUCGGAAGAGAGAGAAUAUCUAGUAAAAAUCCAUAUUGUUUUGAUUGUUUCUGUCCCCCAUGCAAACAUAUUGUAUGGUCAUAGUGAAAUAGGACAAUGACAUAUCCAAGAACCCAAAUUUAGAAAAUGGAAUAACUCUAACGGUGCAAAAUCCAAUGUGAAAAAAUUGUUGUAUUGGCUGUUUGCAAUGAAAAAUGAAGCCUGGGGGCAGGGUUCCAACACACUAGGGGAUGGGGGUGCUCAAUGUACUUUUAACGAUAAAAACAGCAAUCUGGUCCCUUUUGAAGUGUUUUAGAGUUUAUUGGAAUACAUUAAUAUUAGUUUGUACUUUUUCAGGUAGCUUUCCUCCAUCAACAAUAAAAUUAGAACUGACAAGGAUCUCAUUAAUGACCAUGAAAUUGUUUGCAUGUAAAUAGAAACACUUUGUUGAACCUUUUAGGGGUAAUAAUCCUGCAUUGCCAAGUCCCACUUGAACAAGACUUAGUAAUCUCUUGGGGCUGGGUCUCUUUUCAAAUUUACAAUGAGCAUGCUCACACUCCUAUAUAGAGUGUAUGUAUCCCCCAUGUGUAAACUAUUUAUGUCGCAUUGAAUGAUUGGGCUGAUGGUUUGUAUACAGCAUUCAGAGCUAACUAGAAUUCCUCAUAUGAUUUAAAACAUCGAGGUAGGUGUAGCUGCUGAAGACAAGUUGAGGCAAAAAGUACGUCCCUCAUUAUCAUCAGUGAGCACAAAAGAGACUGUUGUGCCUGGUGGCAAUGAGUAAGAUCCAGUUACGAAUCUUUGAAGGUCCUGAAGACCUAAACAAAGUGAAUAAAAAUAGGAAAUAUAUUUAAUAUUAUGUUACGUGUUGGAUCGGGUGAUAAACUGAGGACUUUGAUAGCAUCACGGUGCUUAUGCAUAAAACAUUAGUGCUAUGUCAGAUUUAAAGGUAAAGAUGAAUAAAACAUCAGUCUUU